AUGAACGCCACCUGGAGUCCUUCCCAACCAAUCGAAGACCUUUACAAUCAGGUCAAGGACGCCCAGAAAUUUGCCGCCGACCAUGACGCUAUCUCAGACAAAAUAGCAGUCAGCGCCAUCAUCGAGAACUUAACCCAAAGUGGAGUUUUCACUGCUGCCCUCCGUGAUUGGAGGAAGCGACCCACAGCAGAACAGACCAUGGCCAACCUCGAAACGGACUUCACGGCUGCAGACAAGGAAAGACGCAGAAUCCUUACUCCAAAGGAAGUCGGAUAUGCGAACAAAGUGACGGACCAAGCCGCCAAAAGGCCAACUGCGACUAAAGCAGUAACUGGAGGCAACGGCAUCCCCAUGUACUAUUGUUGGUCUCACGGUUUGGGACCAAACAACAACCACACCAGCGGCAACUGCACCAAGCAAGCACAUGGCCAUUGCAACGAUGCAACAGCUGAUAACAUGCUCGGUGGAUGCUGCAUCAUCAGACGCAGGUUUGGCGAAAAACCUAUCUACAAACGCCCUCAGCGUCAAAACAACCGUGACAACAAUGACGAGAACCAAGCCCCAGCAAACCGCUGA